AUGGCUUUAAAACUAAAAUACACUGACGAGCACGGCAUCCUCCACAUCAACAUGAGCCCGAACUCCAGCCCGACCCGGGCCGAAACCGAAUCGGACAAGACCGAGAUUAACGACCCGAAAUUCGACACGAUCAACAAUCGUUUCGGGCAAUACGACCUGUUCGGGGGGAAGUAUGAGAAGUACGAAGACACCGAUAGUGGGGACGUGGAGACACGGUCCUUAUUCCGUAGCAGGUACAACAGUAUCGAGGAGGAGCUAGCCAACACUCCAUACGCUUUUGCAACCGAGCGCUCGUUGCGAUUCAACGCGCUCAACCACAGUCCGCUUCUAGACAUCACUAUAGAGAGAGGCGCCGACGUUUCCCCCUCCAAAGACAUCGAAGACGACAGAUUCUUCAACAGAAACGUCGAAAGUCUAUUCGGGCCGACGAUAGAGACCAAAUCAUCCGACGAGGACACCUCAGGAGUCCUAGACACCCCUGCUUUCACAGUGACUCAAUUAAUACACGCACAAGACAGAUAUUUCGAUUUGUCGAGCAGACAGAGUGUUAGUCCGAAGGGUGAUAUAGUGAGUGUGGUGCGAAGUGAAUCGGGGAGGCGGGGUGAUAGGGUGAAGGGUGAAAGGGUAAAGUCGGCGCAGGUGACAAAGGAUGAGGCGUUCAAAGUGCUGUCUGCGCAAACUGCGGUAAAGGCUGUGCAAGUCGACCCGGCGCCGGCGUCAUUGCCAGUGGUGCCAACAGCGAAGAGGAAGCGAGAAAAGUCUUUCGCAAUAUUGACGGAGACACCAUCUUCCCGUCACUCUUCCCGCCCCUCCAGCCCGCGGUCUCUGCCGGUCGAGAGGACCGGACGGGUGUCGCCUUUCAGAGGACGUGGCUUCAGAGAAGAAACCUCCCGGCAUACGACGCCGAAAACCUCCGCAGCUAACUCUAGAGCGACCUCCCCACUCCGGAGACGGACCAGUUCCUUGUCCCGGAUAGACAGUAUGGCCGCAGCCACCCUACCCCCACCAUUACCACCCAUACAGCUCAACACCCCCCACACACCCCGAGAUUUCGUCAAAGAAAACAUUGAAGAAAUAAGAGAGCUAAGCGAGCUAAACAGAGAAAAGAACGAAGCAGAAGCAGAAAAGAAGAGACAAGAAGAAGAAGAAGCUCUGUUAAAAGAAAUGGGGCUUCUAGAUAAGAACGCUAAGAGCGACGCAAUUAGAAGUGUUGUUUGUUCCAGAACAACAUCCAGGAGUAAUUCUCCAACUAAAAUCAAGGUCAGAUCCAGGUCGAAUUCUCCAGCGGCCGUAGCAGUUACUGCUGUCACCCCCGCAGUGAUAUUAAGGUUCGAAGAUGUACCUACGGAGAAAAGGUUCAUAAAUCAAAAUGAUGGCAUGGCACCGGUUACCCACAAGUCCAGGAUCAGGUCGGUGUCACGGUCACAGCCGCAGUCAAACGAUGGCUCACCAAAACAUUCUAAGAUUCCCAAGAGACAAAACUCCGUCUCUCCACACAGAAAACGAGAAAAAUCAAGUUCCAGAAGAUCUAUGGAAAAUGGUCUUAAAAAUCAAAGGUUUAUUUCAAAUAGUACGAGCAGCAUACAUGAAACCAUCAGGAUUGGAAGUCAGGUGCAUGACAAGAGAAUCAUGAGCAAAAGUACUCAGCAUUUGAGCAUCUCUCCGACUCUUAUUAAAGGUAAACCACCAAUCUCCCCCGGCAGAGGUGGCCCACCGCCUUCUAAUAGAGCUAUUAAUUCUAAGAGGCUAUCCCCUAUCGUUGGGACUCCAAACAAAAGUCCCACUGAAGACGCUAAACCUAGUUCUGCUAGGACUACUACUAAGCCUAACACUACCACUCAAAAGCCAGUCAAGACUGCUGGAAGCACCCCUGCUACCUCUAGAUUCACUUCUAGACAGCCUAGCAGAAAUGUCAGCAGAGAACCAAGCCCUGACAAGCGUAGAACUGUCACUAAACCUUCCACUGCCAAACCUCCUGCGAACACGAUUCGAAGUAAACCUGUAGCUAGAGCUGUCAGCACUAAAACUACACAAAAACCUAUCGUAAACAAAACUGAGCCUAAAAAGCCUAUCAAUCGAACUAACAGUAUGAAAAGUCUUACACGAACGCCGAGCACUAAAACGUUAAACGAAAAACCCCCGUUGCUGAAAAAACGAGACAGUAAGAAAGAUUUGAAAGCGCAAUCGACGAGCAAACUCGACGAGAUCGGCAAAGUCUCGAAAAAAGAAACUGUUAGUGAAAAGAAACCUCCUGUAAAAGCUGAAAAACCUAAAGAUGCUCCUAAAAAAGCCAAUGAUGAUAAAUCUAAUGAGAAAAAUGAAAUAACAGUUAAAGAGGAAUCUACAGACACUUCCACUGGUGAACCUUUAAUCCCAAAACAAGAUAGUGAGACACAGUAUGAUAAAGUGACUAAUGAUAAAGGAGAACUCGUUAUAAUGACCAAGAAAAGCAUAAUGUCUAUGACAACGGCUGCGAUCACAUCUCAACCUUUAGAAGUAGUAACAAAAGUUACGAAUCAAUUGCCCACUACCUUGGAAAAAGCUAGGGAAAAGGGAAUAUUUGAAAGACACAGUUCUAAAGAUUCAAUUAUUCCUAAGGAAGACGAAAAAGAUCAAUCGAAGACAGAGAUCAAAGAUAUAGUUAAAGAAAAAGAGGAAGAAAAACAUGAUGAUAAUAAACACAAAACAAAGCCCACAUUAUUCUCUGUAGAUAACGUUAAAUUAAAACCUUUGCUCCCACCGUAUAACAACCCACAAGUUGAACGUGUAAAACAAAAGAUUGAUGACAUUCUAAAGUCACCAGAAGUCUCCACUGAAAAUAUUACGUCAGCGUCAAGUAAAGGUAAGGACAGAGAAAGAAGUUCCUUCAGAAACAUAGCUGACAAGACGAAAAGCGAUUUGAAAGACGCGAAAGACGAAACGACCAAAAAGUUCUCCGAUUUGAAAGACCAAGUGGUUAAACAGAAUGAAAAGGUAGCUGAAAAAGUGGAAGCCGAAAAGACCGCUGCUGAAAAGGCUAUUACUGAAAAGUCUGAAAAAGUAGCGGCAGAUAUAAGAACUGAAGCUUCCAAAAUAGUUGAUAGUAUUAUGACUCCUGUUGAGGAACCGAAAGUACCAGAAAAACCGAAAAGUGAAUCCAAAAAAGAUAUAGAACCUAUAGUGAUGGUUGUAAACGAAAAGACAAACGGACCAAGUAGAACGGAUAUACUAGAGAAGAUGACAGAAACAUUAGUGAAGGGAGAACCGGAAGUGGAAGUUCAAAGUUCGAACAUGUCCACACCAGGCGUCGAGAAGAUGGCGAUGCAAAACAAAAUGGCGGACGGAAACGGAUCUGAUAAAUCUACGCAUAGUAAUGGCGGAUUCCCCCAAAGUACGAGCACAACGCCAAAGCCCCCAGCUCGACAGAAGAAGGAGCAUAAAGAAGACUCCAAACCCGAUGACAGUAAGGAAACCACUCCGGAUCAGAAACCACCAAACCUUUGCCAACGCCUCAUGGGCAAAUGUAAGAAGUGCUGCGCCUGCUGCGUCAAGAACGAAGAAGAUGAAGAAGACAUGGAGAAGACACAGAAGGAAGAGAAGAAAGGAAUUAUGAGUAGACUGAAUUGUUGUAAGAAGAAGGAAAAAGAACAAAGAGACGCUGAAAUGGCUGCAGGCAAAGUAACCUCAAUAGAGUUCGAGAGUGAAACGAAACGCAAACGCAAGCUCCGUGACGUAAUGUGUGGGUGUUGCGGGCGCAAGCGGCGCGUGAGUGACGUGUGGCCCACGCCGCGAGUGGGUGACGUCACCGGUGACGUCACGGCGCCCGCCAUUGUGGAUACGGAUACCGGGUGCUGUGGACGCGGGAAGAGGAAGAGGAGGGAUAGUAUACUCAGUGAUCAACAACCGAAUACCUGCUGUAACAACCGUCUAUUCAACUGGAUGCGAGGUUGCUGUCGCCGGCAGCAGUCGGAGCAGAUCUCCGCCAGUCGACGGCAGAGUCUCUUCUCCAAGAACAAGAGUCUUUCUCCCACGCUGCCACCUGAGGACACGCGCACAAAGCUGGACCCAUCGUUGGUGGAGCACACGAGCAUGAUCCGCGGCGCCAUUCCCGUGCUGCCCAUAGCGCUGGCGUACUUCUGCCUCUUCUGCAACAUCAUUGUGCCUGGACUCGGUACGAUAUUCAGCGGGAUGUUUUGCCUGUGCUUCGGUAUACCGAGGUUUGGUAUCCAUGAUGGAGCUAAAUAUAGGAUAGGUGCGUUUGUGAUCAACCUACUGGUGGGAUGCGGGCAGCUGUUCACGGUGCUCUUCUGCCUCGUGGGAUGGGGAUGGUCCAUCUGGUGGGGCGUCAUUAUGGUCCGGACUGCGCGUAAAUACCGCAAACUGAAGGCGGAAGAGGCGCAGGCGCAAGAAGCGGAGGCGCCGCCCGUGACUGCUAACAACCACACGCGCGCCUAGCGCUACCUCGGCUCAUACUAUUGAAGCCCCGCGCUGAUAUAGCAGGGAUUUGUUGCUAAAGAGGGUUGAAUUGUCGUGCUUUGAUUGAAGGAUGUUAGAGAAUUUUACUAUAAAUAUAUAUUCCUAUAUUCCCCAAUUGGUCAGAGGUACAGCCAUCGCAUGAUGAACUCAAUACCCGCGUU